AAAAAAAUUAACAACAAAAUAAAAAAAAAAAGUUUAGCAACCGACUUAUGAAUUUUCACAACAACUUGAUGUUUGUAACGGAUUUUCAGAAAACUUGGCAAAAGUUUAUGGCAAAUUUAAGUUAAUUUUCCGUUUUGCCUUCUUGUUUUUGUUUAUUUGUGUUAUUUUUUUGGUCUCUUGCUACCGUAAAGCAACUGUGUAUAAAUUUUUUUUCGGAGAACGGACUUCCAUUCUAGUGUGCCAAUUGAGAGCACUAAUAUAGUAUGCGUCUCUUUAAAACACACAAGGACAAAUAUAUAACCGCCCAACAGCAACAACCACAAUCGAAGCAAGAGGAGAAGCAAACGCAUCAGCGUUUCAGUCAAGAGAAAUCAAAGAAAAAAGCAGCAGCAACAGUAUGCGGCAACAAAUUCAACAAAAGUUUAUCAACAAACAACACAUCGUUGAUCUCAUCGUCUUUGCCUGAUUUGCAUGACAAUUCUGUCGUCAUGAUUCUCAGUUGCACCACAUUGGCCAGCAGCAGCAGCAAUAAUAAUGGUGGUGCUGAAACAACAACAACAGCAGCAGCAGCAGCAGCAACAUCUGGCGGCGGCAACACCAACAACUUACAACAGCAGCAGCAGCAGCAACCGUUACGCACAGCCACGCCCACAUGCCUGUUAAGUGGUAGGCAAACACCAUCGGCCAUAUCGGUAAUGUCGCUACAAGAGGCCACCAAUUUACAUCGCCAGCAACAUCAGCAGCCAACCAUCUAUGUACCCAUGCCGCAAUAUCAUCAAUAUGCCAAACGUCUACAGGCCAAUUCCAGUAGUUGUCUCUAUGAAAAAUCUAAAUUUGAGGGUGCUGAUGCAAAACUGACACAGAAAACAAGUGGUCAUUUGCCUGACUACACUUUGGUCACAGCCAUACCCGUUGUGGUCCUGGAUGAUGAACAACAAAAGGUCACCCCAACCGAAAUGAACAGCAAGGAAGACACCUCCAAGUCCUCCAACUCCACUUCCUCCUCGUCAUCCACUUUAUCUACAACCACACGAAAUGUCUUUACCUGGGGCAAACGUAUGAGCCGAAAACUUGAUCUUUUAAAACGUAGCGAUUCACCCACAGCCAGCGCCCACAGAUCCCACACAGAUUUGCGUAGUCUUUUCCAUUCGCCAACGCACCACAAGAGCAGCAGCAGCAGCAAUAGCAGUCCAAAUACGGCCAAGACUUCGCCAUCACCCACUGGAGGCCAUCAUCAUCAUCAGCAGCAGCAGCAGCAGCACCAACAGGGCAGCAACACUUUAAAGAAAUGCAAAUCGGGACCCAUUGAGACGGUCAAGCAGCGGCAGCAACAGUUGCAGCUACAGGAAGUGGGCAGUCAGAGUGCUCAGUCCACGCCCACUCAUCAGGCUCAACAGGCACAGUCGACUGUGCGCCCUCAAAAGGCCAUAAAAAAUUUCUUUCAUAGAAUUGGGUCCACGGGCAUGCUGAAUCAUCGUUCGCAUAAUCUUCUCAAGGCUUCGGAAGCGGCUGCCCAACAGGCCACACCGGCAGUGACAACAUUGUACAGGAGUAGCUCGACAAGUCAACUGUCUAGCAGUUCCUACAUUAGAUGCGAUGAUCCCACCGAGGGCCUCAAUCUCCAAAGGGAGCAGCGACAGCGAGAUCAGAGAUUGCCGCGCAUGGCCAGUCUUAAGUCUAGCAGUUGCGAUGAUAUAGCCAAGGUUAGUAAUUGUCUAACGGCCAGUACGAGUGGUGAAAGUGCAACGGGAAGUUUAAGUCUAGGAUCACCACCCACCACCACCAAUGGCACCACGUCAGCAGGAGCAGGAGGAGUACCAUCUUCAGGAGGCGGUGAUUCCACACGUCGUGGAGCAUUUCCUUAUGCUUUUCUACGAUCACGUCUGUCGGUUCUACCCGAGGAGAACAAUGGAUCAGUGCAUCAUAAGCAGCCACAUCAUCAUAUGCCACAUCAGGUUGUACAACAUCAGGAACAUCAGGGACCCGGAAAUCAUUCUUCCCCCUUACUCCAGCGUCGCUCUCCAACGGCUGAUGUCUCACGCAAUGAUAGCAUCUCGUCGAAGGACUGGGAACCACUUUACCAAAGAUUAAGUAGUUGUCUUAGUUCAAAUGAGUCCGGCUAUGACAGCGACGGUGGGGCAGGUGGCGCCGUUGCGAGUGCCCGUUUGGGUAAUAAUCUUAGCAUCUCUGGCGGAGAUACAGAAUCUAUUGCCUCGGGCACUCUCAAGCGCAAUUCCCUCAUCUCGCUCAGUUCAUCCGAGGGCGUCGGCAUGGGUCUGCCAUCCUUGAGGAAUAGCAGCAUUUGCAGUGCACCCGUCUCAUUGGGCGGCUAUAAUUAUGACUAUGAGACGGAGACCAUACGCCGGAGAUUCCGUCAAUUGAAAUUGGAGCGUAAAUGUCAAGAGGACUACAUUGGCAUUGUGCUAUCACCCAAAAUGGUGAUGACCAACAGCAAUGAGCAGCAAUAUCGCUAUUUGAUAGUGGAACUAGAACCCUAUGGCAUGGCCCAAAAGGAUGGACGUCUUCGAUUGGGCGAUGAGAUUGUCAAUGUGAAUGGCAAACAUUUGCGGGGCAUUCAAUCGUUCGCCGAGGUCCAGAGACUCUUGAGUAGUUUUGUGGACAAUGCCAUUGAUUUGGUCAUAGCCCAUGAUGAGAUAGCCACCAUUACGGAUUUCUAUACGAAAAUCCGCAUCGAUGGCAUGAGUACACAACGCCAGCGUUUGACUUAUAUUCAGCGUACCCAAAGCACAGAUAGCUUGACCAGUUUACAGAGUAUUCAGCUUCAUCAGCAGCGGGAGGAGGAGGACGCAGAACGUCAACGAGCGGCUGGGGAUGACGAUGAUCAUGUAGAUGAUGGUGAGGAUCAGUGUGAUGCCCGUUCGUUGGCUAGUGUUAGUACAUUGCCCACUCCCAUGCCGUUGAUGCAAUUGCAUGCCAUGCAAAUGCAACAUCGUCGCAGCUCAACGCCGCGCAGUAAUCCGGAUCAUGAGCUGCUGUUGCGUCGUCGUUCGCGCAGCUCUUCAGGUCAGCGCAGCAGUUUGACCCUAACACCGACACCGCUCUUUAACCAAAGUAACAAUAGUUGCUCCUCCUCGCCUAACCACCACAAUUACUAUCACCAUCAGGGGGAAACCGAUUCCUAUACCCCAGUCUAUGCGAAUCGAGCGGCUAGUGUUUGUGUCACGUCGGUGGCAUCUCUGGCGGAUGAUGAGAAAUGGCAAAUAUUGGCACGCAAACGUUGCUCCGAGGGUGCGGCCUUACCAGCUCCUGGUGGUGGGGCUCCACAGCAAUUUGGCCAACGUACGCAUUAUGCUCGUAAUUCUAUCAAUUUGGCCAAUUCGCAUUAUCGUUCGCUGAGAUUUGCCCAUUCCCGUUUGAGUUCGUCACGUUUGAGUUUAUUUAUGCAAACGCCAUCGAGUCCGCCGCCGCCUCCACCGCAGACGCCUAACAAUCUAACAGAGGGAGAAGCGAUUAAUAAUAUAUCCCAAACAACAACAAUUGAUCUCACUAACACUCAAGAGCCACAGCAGCAGCUGGAACACCAACAACAACAACAACAAUCACAACAGACACCAUCACAACAACAACAACAACAACAGCCACAUCAAUCAUUAUAUAUCAAGCAUACUUCAAAGAACGUUUCACUAUAUUCACCUAAUCCAUAUGUUAAUUCGUCAUCCUCCUCCACAUCAGCAGCCUCAGCAUUGGCAUCGGCAUCAUCCAAAGAUGUUGAAUUAACCACUAGGUGCUCCACUAAUUGCUCACUAGCCCCACCUGCCGCCUCUUUAAUGCAUCAUCGUCCAUCGCUGCCAGUGGCCAAGCUAACCAUACGUGAUGAAGAAAUGGCCGAGGUCAUUAGAGCCUCAAUGAGCGAGGGCAGUGGUCGUUGCACUCCCAAGACCAUAACAUUUUACAAAGGUCCUGGUAUGAAAUCUUUGGGUUUCAGCAUUGUGGGUGGUCGCGAUUCACCCAAGGGCAAUAUGGGUAUCUUUGUUAAGACCGUUUUUCCCUCGGGACAGGCUGCCGAUUUGGGCACACUUCAAGCGGGCGAUGAGAUUACAGAGAUUAAUGGCAACUCAGUGCAGGGCAUGAGCCAUGCCGAAACAAUUGGUCUCUUCAAGAAUGUACGCGAGGGAACCAUAAUAUUAAAAAUCUUAAGGAGAAAAUUACAAAAAGCCAAGUCUAUGGGAGCAUAGGCAUCUAAGACUACUUACGAUUAGAGUUACAUACAUUGUUUAUGUAUAUAUUUAUAGAGACUAGACUAUUGGCAUCGU